GCAUCAGAGCUGUAGUGUGUGCUGAUCACACGCUUUUCCUUUCGUUUUUUUUAACCAUAAUCACAGCGAUGGAGGAGAAAGAGGAGUUUUUGUGCGGGGUUGUUGAAGGUUUCUAUGGGCGGCCCUGGUCCAUGGAGCAGAGAAAAGUGCUAUUUCAGUGGAUGCAAAGAUGGGGAUUGAACACAUACCUGUAUGGCCCUAAAGAUGACCUGAAGCAUCGUUUGCUGUGGAGAGAGGUGUACUCCACAGAAGAGGAAGCCCAACUGAAAGCAUUGGUGCAUGAAGCUGAGUCGAGAGGGUUGAGGUUUGUUUAUGCUCUCUCUCCUGGUCAGGACAUUGUGUUCUCCAGUGCCUCUGACCUCACACUGCUGAAGCGCAAACUUCGACAGGUGGCAGAACUGGGUUGCCAGGCAUUUGCCAUUCUGUUUGACGACAUCGACCACUCCAUGUGUCAGGCUGAUACUGAGGCUUUCUCCUCAUUCGCGCAUGCUCAGGUGUCUGUGACCAAUGAGACCUUCCGUUUCCUGGGGGAGCCGCCUGUCUUCCUGUUCUGUCCCACUGAGUACUGCAGCUCUCUCUGCUCUCCCAGUGUGUCCAAGUCUCCAUACCUGCUGACAGUAGGAGAAGAUCUGCUGCCCGGCAUCUCAGUCAUUUGGACUGGAAGCAAGGUGAUCUCUCGAGAACUGAGUGCUGAUUCUCUGAUGGAGGUGCAGUCAGUGUUACAGCGCCCUCCCCUGGUGUGGGACAAUCUGCAUGCUAAUGAUUACGAUUCACGUCGUGUCUUCCUGGGGCCGUUUAAGGGUCGUCCACCUGGCCUCCAUGCUUAUCUCAGGGGUCUGCUGCUGAAUCCUAACUGUGAAUUUGAAGCAAACUACAUCCCUCUACACACACUUGGGACAUGGCACAAAGCAGGGAAGGAGAAGAGAGAAGGUAAAGGGCAUCAGUACUGUCCGGAGCGAGCACUUUCUGCUGCGCUGAAAGACUGGAUGACUGAGCUGAACCAACCUCUACAGCCUGGACGGCAGAACAGGCCUACAGAGCACAAACCAUCUGCCACCUCCUCCAAACCUAAACCUCCUGAAAGCUUAGACAAUCUGCAUGGAGCCCAGUCUAAAUCUCCAUCUGCUGCUGGGGUUCUGGUUCCUUCUUCCACAUCGGUAGUAAAAGUCUCGGCUGAGACUGAGAGUGAGGAGCGGGCCCCUGGAGGCCAAAGCAGGGAGAAGGCCUCAGGAAAGGGCCCAUGUGCUGGGAAAUCUCCACUCAGCGAGGCCCAAGUGCAACUGCUGGUGGGACUGUACUACCUGCCCCAUGAGCAUGGCCCACCCGCCCAGAGCCUGCUGCAGUCACUUACCUGGCUCAAAAGCCACUGCCAUUAUGUCAGUGUCAACGGCAGCAGCAAGAAGAUGCAACCUCAGAAGAUGGAGGAGUGGCGGGUGCGGGCAGGCCGGUUUCUGGUUGCAUGUGAUGAGAUUGCAGUUCUGCAUGGCAGCGUGGUGAACAGCGUGAACAGAGCUGUGCUCUAUGACCUUUACCCAUAUGUCUGGGACCUGAGAAACACAUUGCUUGUAGCCAAGGCCUUCAUCAGUUGGCUGGAGGGUCGGGUGAUAAGUGAAAGUUCUUCACUGGGUUCCUGGAAGAACUGUUUUCAUUGGUGUGGAGCCUCAUCAGGGGCAGAGCUUCUCGGUGUUGAAGCGGAGCCCUGGGUAUUUAAAGGAGGGCUGUCAGGGGAAGUCCAGAUGCUUCUUCCUGUAGGCACCAGCAGUGAGCUGUUCAGUCACCCCCCUCCUCUCUUCCCUACGUCUCGUCUCUACAACAUACGGCCCUUCCAGCACAAAGACAAGGUAGAGCUGUACCGCAUGGUGCGUCAGCUUUAUCAGAAAACCAGAGGUGCUCAGGAUGUGACUGUGCUUCAUCCAGACUUCAUCGGUGACAGGUGUUUGGGUGCAUCUCUGUCCCUGUGCCCAGAGUACAGCUUUGUUCUAGAGGAUGAGCUGGGUGUGUGUGGGUGUGUUGCUGGCAUUCUAGAUGUACGCUCAUUUGUCAAGAAGUGUCAGGCCACCUGGCUGCCUGCUAUGAGAGACAAAUACCCCACACGUACACACAUAGCCAAUGGACACACUGCCCAGAAGGAGGUGCUGCUGAGUUUGCAUGAAGAGCAGGAUUACCCUGACUCCCUGCUGUACCACUUCCCGUCUCAGCUCCGACUUGAGGCGCUGCCUGAACUGGUGGACUGCAGUGUCAGCAGAAGCCUUCUCACGUCCCUGCUCACAGCACUCAAAGCUAACGGUUCCCAGGGUGUGUUUUGUGAGGUGCAGCCCACAGACCGACUAAGGCUGGAGUUCCUAACUAAGCUGGGCUUUCUGGAGAUUGUGAGGGGAGAGGCUCGCUCCACAGAGGGACUGAUCCUGGGCAGGCUGCUCUAGAGCCUUAACCGGCUCACAAGCAAUCACUGAUGAAACAAUUGGACUUAUUUGGGCAAAGAUACAUGUUAACCAGCCCUGCAGUUUAAGUAAAGGUAUCAAGUUCAAGGACAUAUCCUGCGUUCCGAUACAUCUUUCAACACAUCCUCAUCCACUUCC